GCAAUAAACAUGUACAAUCUGCCGUCAAUAUACAAAGCUAGAAACGAAAUAUUACGCAGCUGGAGGCUGAACAGCAUAUUAGGUCUUCCCCUGGCCUGGAAUCAGAGAAAUGCUAUUGGCGCAUCCAUUCCUUACAGCAUCAUCUCUCCUGCAUGGGUCCGAGCGUGCUAUUGGGCUUGCCUGGCCCAUGGGCCAAGGACGAUCGCGAGCCGUCCGAUCACUACACGACCAAGAUCGGCGGCCUACCUGACUGGCCCCCCUGGGUGGCUCACCCACCGCCGCAGCUGCUCAAGUGCUCCCUGUGCGAUGGGCCGCUCUCCCUCGUGCUGCAGGCUUAUGCACCGCUCUCCCUUCCCUCAGCAGCAGAUGCAGCAGCAGCAGGGGUGACACGUGGCAGCAGGCAAUUGGAGGAGCGGGUUCUCUACAUGUUUGCAUGCGCCAAUGGGGGAAAGGAGGGGGAGGAGGCUGCUUCCGCGCCAACCCCCCUUGGGGACCUCUCAUCUGUGUUUGGGGACGUGGGGAAGGAGGGGCGGCAGGAGGUGGGGGUGGAAGGAAGGGGCCGUGCGCUGCACAGGCGGAAGGGUGGCGGAUCAUUCGCAUGCAGCAGCUCCCCUCCCAGCAACCGCCGCCACCACCACCAGCACCAGAACCGGCACAAGCAGCAGCAGCAGCAGCAGCAGCAGCAGUGGCAGCCUCCACAUGGGCAGAUGCGAGUCCCUGGGAUGCUGGCAGCACAGCAGCGGGAGAUAACUGGGGGGCUUCCAGACCCAGGCUCAGGUGCUCCAGGUGCUCUUUCAGGCGUCUUUGCCACACCAGGACAAGAUGUUGGUGUGGUAGGAGGAGGGUGGGGCACCGGGACAUGUGACAGUAACGAAUUCGGUUCCACAUUACAAGACGCGCCCCUUUCCUCACUAGACGCUCUGACAGCGUCAAUCAGCGCCGCCGCUGCCAGGGCGGCUGCUAGCACUGUUGUGGAGAAUCAUGCAGUGGGGGGAGGAAGGGAGGUGCAGGCAGAAAAGCAUCCCCAGGCGCAGCAGCAGCAGCAGCCGCACCAGUGGCAUCAAGUACGAGUGGCGCAACGCCAGCUGAGACUCUUCCUCUCCGUGUGCUGCCGUGCUUCUACCUGUUCUCCGAGGACGAGGAGGCGACCAGCAGAAGCAAGAGCAGGGGAGCAGCGGCCUCACCAGCAGCAGCAGCAGCGGCAGCAGCAGCUGAAGCAUGUGGCUCCAUAGACAGGGGGAACGGGCUGGCAGGGAUGCAGGUGGAGGGGGGGGUGGGGGAGGGCGAGGCGUGGGAGGGCGAGGGGUAUGAGUAUGACCAGGCGCGCACCGUGGGUCGGCCGUACCUGAGGUUCAAGAAGCGGCUCGACAAGCACCCGGAGCAGUGCGUCAGGUACCGCUUCAACGGUCAGCCCAUCUGGCCCAUCGCCCCCACCGCCGCACCUCCCACAGGCGUCCCACCACUGCUCGUUGUGCGGCGCCCCCGCGUGUUUGAGCUGCAGCUGAUGCCGCCGCUGCUCUUCUUCCUCCUGGAGGCGCUGAGAGAGCGGCAGGCGGAGGGGUCUGAGAGGAGCG